AUGAUGAGCAAGAAAGGGGGGAGGCAGCUCUGCAAAAACAAGAAGAACGUCCCGGCGCCCCCGAAGCUUCGCGACAACAGCCGCGUGUACUUCACGACUGAGGGGGCGCAGUACAUGGCGCUGGACGUCGGUGGCGGCGGUCUGUGUGCUCUUCUCGGCGUCAUCGCUGUGGCGAUGGACGCCGCAGGAACCCCUUGUGAGGAGAUUUUCGCAGCCGUCAGCGGCAAGCUCACGGACGACAUGAAGGAGUACGUCCAGUCCCUCCGCGCCGUCAGCACGUGCGGCGACCAGUUCGCCUUCAAGGACGGUGAAGAGCUGGCUAGCUUCGACGACAUCGUCCACGACCCGAUGUGGGUGAUUGUGACGAGGGCGAUGUGGGAGCUGGUGACACUUCAUCCAACUGGAUAUCUCGACGGAAGGGCGGUGUGGCUGUUGGCGAAGUUCCUCGGGUUGCACGGAUUUAGGAUAGUCAAGCACGAAGACGGCCACUUGGUCCCAUGUGAUGCCGGGGGCCCCAUCUCCUCCGAAGAGUGCCCCAUGAUGCUGCACGACGGCUACGGGCACUUCAAGGCCCUGAUUCCACUUCGAAGAAUGCCACUGGAGUUCGAGAUGGAGGAAGGGUACCAUUUGCUCCUCGACGAGGGUUUCGUGGACGGCACCGAUGAGGAGGAGGCCGUUCCGGGGACGUCGGAUUCGGAGACUUCGGACGGCACCGACGAGGUCCCUGAAUCGGCUGUCGUGGUAGAUGUAGCCGGCACGGAGGCGUCUGACGGUGGAUCGACGCCAUGCGCCGAAUCGUCUGAUUCCGGUGGGGGCGACAGUGACCUGGGGGCACGUGGAGCGUUUGGCGAAAAUGCUGAGGUCAAAGCGGCUACCCGUGUGUCCAGCAAGAGGAGCCACCCAUGGGACGACGACGAGUAUUGGGAUGACGACGCCAACUACUACUCGGGUUGCACCAUUGUUGGCGAAGACGGGUGGACUCUCGUCGGCAAGGAAGGUCGGCGAAUGGGGUUGGAGACAAGCUUGGCCUUCGACGAAGCCUCGGGUUUGUACGACCUCACCAGUCCGAACAAAUGCCAGCCUUUGUUCCUAGACCACGAUGACGAAACCGAUGAGAACGAAGCAGCGGAGGUGGACGAGGCUGUGGACGAGGUGGGCGAAGAUGAAGCCGCAGAGGAGGUGGACGAGGACGAGGAGGCUGAGGCUGAAGCUGGAGAGGAGGAGCGAAGUCGGGUGACCAACAACAGCGCGAGAGAGUCCGAGGAGGAUGGUGAAGAUGGUGAAGACUCCGGGGAUGCAGAUGAUGCCGCGUCUCUGGAUGGAGUCAGCGAUGGCAAAGAGUCUGAAGAAGAUGAAGAGGACUCCGAUGAAGGCUCCGGUAAAGGGCCUCGUGGUGCUGGUGGGGGAGCGGGUGGUGUGGCGUCAGCGGGUGAUGAAAACUCCGAUUUAGAGGACUCCGGGUAUGCUCCCAGCGAGGCCGGCGACACCGAUGGAGACACCGACGACGAUACCACCAGCGACGAGUGUUCCUCCACCGGCGGGGAAACUCGCUGCGAGGGGUGCGAAGAAGACUUCUAUUGUGAACUGGUGGAGUGCCCCACGUGCAAUGCGCAGUAUUGUCAGGACUGCGAGAACGACCUGUCUUCUGACAAAGAGCGAACGUGUUCUAGGUGUCAGCGAGCGGACGAUGAUGGUGUUGGUGAUUUUUCGAGUGGGGGGGUCACUGAUGGACCGGAUAAGUACACCGACACAGAUAGUGGUAGCGUCUCUGGAAACUCUAAGCGACGUCGUCGAUCUGCGGGGAAGAAACAUAAUCGCAUUCCAAGAACUUCUAGCCCGAGAGAGUCGUUGAUGGUGCCUAAAGACGACCAGCAGGCGGAACUUAUGUUCAGUCUAUACCGCAAAGCCCGCGAGAUGGAACGGAAACUUGCAGGAGAAAACAAGAGAAUCAAUGAGGUAAGGAACCUCACCCUCCUCGACCUCACGGAAGCAGCAAGCUGCUUGGACAAGGGUAAUCCCGUAAGCUAA